CUCGGACGCAAUGGAUAUAAACCGCACCGAAUCCAUUCAACGCUCCAACCCAGACGGUCAAAAGUUGUUUUUAUCUUGCUCGGUGAUCUAGUUAACAAUUUUGUGAGUUUACUGAGCGGACGUUAGCAAAAUGGAUCCUGAGCCUUGGCACACUCCUGCCACCAAGCACCGCAAACCUCGUCGAAAGAUAUUAACGAGUUUGGAUCGCCGCAGGAUCUGCUUAUACCGCGAGAAGAAUCCGCAUGUGACGCAAUCAGAGAUUGGAGACGCGUUUGGAGUGGAUCGAAGUUUCCAAGAUUUUAAGCCAAAAGGAGAAAUAUCUCCCGCUGGACGUGGAAACCCGGUCCGGGGGGGAGAUGGUCCGGUAUCUAUCCGUGCAGCAGAUCUGGGUUCCGCAGACUCAGAGCCCACAUUCGAAUCUCUCACUGAUCGACCAACCGGCCCGUUGCUCCAAGCAAGCCACUCGUUGUUGAGACAACUGGAAGGAGAGCAAGAAGGGCUCUCCAUAGGUAGCGGAAAGAGUAUAUAUUUUCAACCGGAUUUAGCAUGCUACGACGGGCUUCGAAGCGGGCCUGGCGGCCCCAGGCCCAUAUCCACACUCGUGGACGCGGGCAACAACUCACAUUUGUACUCGAUGGAACACACAAACACGGUACUCAGCCAGGAAAGCAGAGACACGCCCAUGAUACUUUGUGCGCAUGCGUCGGGCAACAUUGACUGGCUGAAAGCGACGCAUCCCGUUCCUGCCAACAAUAUUCAGAGCGAAGGUCCUGAAGCGCACCGAGUGUGGGAGUGGGGACCUACUAUGGCACAGCAGGAGGGCAUCGGCCCAAAUGAUGCUUUACAGUAUUCAUUCAACGGCGCACCCUUUUCGGAACCCCAGUCAGUAUUAGAGGACGCUUUGGUCAACGUGUGUGAUGACCUCACGUGUGAAGUUUCGCCGGGGCCAUAUCCUUUUUCCCCAGUUCCCCAAGGGACCAGUUCUCAUUGUGUUAUCUCUCCGCAGCUCAACAGAUGUUCUAUCCGAGCCAAGGUGUCACAUUUCGAGGAUUGAUCAUCAAUGAUCUUAUGAGACGGGGGGAUAAGUCGGAGGCACAUCUUGGCCAUCCCGAGACUCCUCCCCAAUCCGGACUAGCCCAAGCAUGUACUCAGUUGGUGCGUCGAUACAAUCUGGAAACGUGUACAGGUUUCAUGCUCGAGAUGUAUUCGCGACUACUUGAGUUGGAGGGAUUAAGGUCAAUGGGAGAUAUAAAUAGCUUAAACUUGGCGCUGUUAUGGUAAUCGACAACAUGAAAGCGACGUAAAAUUCUUAACUCUAGGAUGAGCUAGACCCGAUCACUGGAUGCUUAAUCACAAUGGCUAUCAUAAUCGCGGAGCUUCCGAUGGCUGGAGCUAUUCCUUUUAUGGUUUAAGG